CUGCGCGCUCCCGCGAGAAGCAUGCAGCGCUUGGCAGGCAGAAGUCGCCGUAACACCUGUGUCGGCGCUGUUGUGAGCGAAGCAAAUCGUGACAGGCUAGUAGCAGCGGACUGUAAACAUGGCGGCGUGCACAGCUACAGGGCUGUGCCGAAAACCCCGUUACUACUAGUCUGCUAGACAGAGACACCCCAAAAAUGGAGACCGAAGAGGAGCAGCACAUAACGACGCUCCUCUGUAUGGGCUUCCCAGACCCCGACGUGAUACGAAAAGCGCUCCGGCUGGCUAAGAAUGACAUCAACGAGGCAGUGGCGCUCCUGACGAACGAAAGCCCCGGACUCGGGUAUGGAUAUGAACCGAUGGAGAGUGGGCCUAACCCCGGCUUGGGCUCGAGUGGAGAGGGGGAAAACAGCGGGCGGACUGGCACGGGAGGGUUUGACCCUCCUCCAGCAUACCACGACGUAGUGGAUAGUGAGAGGAGCAAUGAUGAGAAUGGGAACUGCUCUGGGGGAAGCAUGGAGUUUCCCACCACCAACCUGUAUGAACUGGAAAGUCGAGUCUUUACUGACCACUGGUCCAUACCUUACAAGAGAGAGGAGUCCCUGGGCAAGUGUCUCAUUGCCUCCUCCUGCCUUGCCCGACAUGGUCUUGCUGACGCUGAUGAGAAUUGCAAGCGCUUUAUGGAUCGUUGCAUGCCAGAGGCCUUUAAAAAGCUACUGACCAGCAGUGCCGUACACAAAUGGGGCACAGAGAUUCAUGAGGGAAUCUACAACAUGCUCAUGUUGCUGGUGGAACUGGUUGCAGAGAGGGUGAAGCAGGACCCUGUACCUGUAAACCUGAUGGGAGUGUUGACCAUGGCCCUUAAUCCUGACAAUGAGUACCAUUUUAAGAACCGGAUGAAGGCCUGUCAGAGGAAUUGGGCCGAAGUUUUUGGAGACGAGGCUAAUAUGUUUGCCGUCUCUCCAAGCAACACCUAUCAGAAAGAGCCCCAUGGUUGGCUGGUUGAUUUGGUGAAUCGAUUUGGAGAGCUGGGAGGAUUCACUGCCAUCCAGACGAAACUCAACACUGAGGAAAUCGAGAUAGCUUAUGUAUCUGCUCUAGUCCAACCCCUCGGAGUUUGUGCUGAAUACCUUAACUCCAGUCUUGUCCAGCCUAUGCUGGAUCCAGUCAUCCACAAGAUGAUCACAUAUGUACAAAACCUGGAGGAGAAGGACCUUAAAGAUAAGCGUCUGGUGAGCAUCCCGGACCUGCUGUCAGCCAUCAAGCUGUUGUGUAUGAGGUUCCAGAGGGAGCUGGUUACUGUGGUAGAUGAUCUCCGGCUGGAUACUCUUCUACGUAUGCUCAAAACACCCCACUUCUCCACUAAGAUGAACUCCCUCAAAGAGGUGACAAAGUUAAUAGAAGAGAGCACGGUUUCAAAGUCUGUGAAAAACGCCAUUGACACAGAUAAACUGCUGGACUGGCUUGUAGAGAACUCUGUCCUGUCAAUAGCACUGGAAGGUAACAUUGAUCAAGCUCAGUACUGUGAGAGGAUUAAGGGAAUCAUUGAGCUGCUGGGGAGUAAACUGUCACUAGAUGAACUCUCCAAGAUCUGGAGAAUACAGGCGGGUCAAUCAUCAACUGUGAUAGAAAAUAUUCAUACAAUAAUUGCUGCUGCUGCUGUGAAGUUCAGCUUUGACCAGCUCACUCACCUCUUCGUUCUCAUACAAAAGAGCUGGGAAGUUGAGAGUGACCGUGUAAGGCAAAAGCUGCUCAGCCUGAUCGGGAGGAUAGGCAGAGAAGCUCGCUCUGAAACCACAACAGGAAAGGUGCUGGAGGUGCUGUGGGAGCUGGCUCACCUCCCCACCUUGCCUACCAGUCUAGUUCAGCAGGCACUGGAGGAGCACCUGGGGAUUCUCAGCGAUGCCUACGCUGUUAAGGAGUUGGUGAAACGCAGUUACAUUAUUAAAUGCAUUGAAGACAUUAAGAAGAACCUCACUCAGGAAGACAGUAAAGGCAACGAGACUCAUAGCUCAUUUCAUAUUGGCACUUGGGGCAAGAAGAAAUCUAACUCACUGGCCAAAUUAAAAGAGGCUUCACAGCAGAGCAGUCCACAGGCGGUCUGGGUUGUUCCUGCUCUCCGUCAGCUGCAUGAGAUAACCCGUUCAUUCAUCAAGCAGACAUACCAGAAACAAGACAAGAGCAUCAUCCAAGACUUGAAGAAGAAUUUUGAGAUUGUCAAACUAAUCACGGGAUCCCUUGUAUGCUGCCAUCGACUUGCCGUGACAGCUGCUGGUAACAGCGGCCUCUCAGGGUCAACCCUGGUAGAUGGACGUUACACCUACCAGGAGUAUCUGGACAGCCACCUGCGCUUCCUGGCCUUCUUUCUCCAGGAAGCUAGCCUCUACCUGGUCUGGAACAGAGCCAAGGAGCUGUGGGAGUGCCUGGUGUCAGGGCCAGAUGUUUGUGAACUUGACCGUGAGAUGUGUUUUGAGUGGUUCACAAAAGGGCAACAUGACCUUGAGAGUGAUGUUCAGCAGCAACUCUUCAAGGAGAAGAUCUUAAAACUGGAACCCUAUGAAAUCACCAUGAAUGGUUUUAAUCUUUUUAAGACCUUCUUUGAGAAUGUUAACCUUUGUGAUCAUCGACUAAAACGCCAAGGAACUCAGCUGUGUGUGGAGCGCCUUGACUUGGCAGGGAUGGACUUUAUCUGGCGCAUCGCCAUGGAGACCCCUGAUGAAGAAAUAGCCAAUGAAGCAAUCCAACUUAUUAUUACAUAUAGCUACACCAACCUCAAUCCCAAGAUGAAGAAGGAUUCUGUGUCUUUGCACAAGAAGUUCAUUGCUGAUUGCUACAAACGACUAGAGGCAGCCAGUUCGGCCCUGGGUGGGCCUACUUUGACACAUGCUGUUACUAAAGCAACCAAGAUGCUGACGGCCACGGCCAUGCCGACUGUGGCCACAUCUGUACAAUCACCAUCCAGGUACAGAGGGGGGUUUGGAUCCACUAAGCUGGUGAUAAUUGAAAGACUGCUGCUGUUGGCUGAGCGCUAUGUCAUCACUAUAGAGGAUAUGUACUCAGUUCCUCGCACUAUUCUACCUCACGGGGCCUCUUUCAAUGGACACCCUGUCACUCUUCACAUCACCUACGAGUCAACCAAAGACACUUUUACCUUAGAGACUCACAGUAAUGAAACAGUAGGAAGUAUCCGGUGGAAGAUAUCUGAGCACUUGAGCUGUCCGGUGGAUAAUGUCCAAAUCUUUGCCAAUGAUAGUGUGUUGACCAUGAAUCGAGACCAUAAGCUGCUGUCUCAGCUUGGCUUUAGCGAUGAGCAGAGCCUAACUGUGAAGAGCUCAGGCACUGGCACUCCCUCUGGCAGCUCCGAGUCUUCAGCCUCUGCCUCCAGCAGUUCCAGCUCUGCUGUCUUCAACUCUGCUUAUGCCCUAGAGCAGGAGAAGUCUCUGCCUGGAGUUGUGAUGGCUUUGGUCUGUAAUGUGUUUGAGAUGCUUUACCAGCUAGCAAACCUUGAUGAGUCCAGGAUCACUCUACGUGUGAGGAAGUUGCUGCUGCUAAUUCCAACAGAUCCUGAAGUACAGGAUGCACUUGACAACUUUGUUCCCAAAGAAUCCAGCGUCUGGAGCCAUCAGAAAACGCUCUUCACCCUCGGCCAGGGUACAGGCUCUCGUUCUCCUUCUAUGUCCUCCAAGCAGCAACAUCAGCCCAGUGCGGCUUCUAUCUUGGAGUCCCUUUUUAGAUCUUCAGCUCCUGGCAUGUCUACAUUCAGAGUGCUAUACAACCUUGAGGUGUUGAGUUCAAAACUCAUGCCCACGUCUGAUGAUGAGAUGGCCAAAACCAGCAGCAAAUCCUUCUGUGAGAAUUUCCUGAAAGCAGGAGGCCUCAGUCUGGUGGUAAAUGUUAUGCAGAGAGACUCCAUCCCAUCAGAAGUGGACUAUGAGACCAGACAAGGGGUCUACUCAAUCUGUCUUCAGUUGGCCAGGUUCCUUCUGGUUGGUCAAAGCAUGCCUGCUGUACUGGACGAUGAUGUCAUCAGGGAUGGCGAUGCGCUAUCGUCUCGGCCGUUCCGUAAUGCUGGGCGAACAGGGCGACAGCUCUCUCUAUGUGGAACUCCAGAGAAGUCCUCCUACAGACAGAUGUCUUUGUCUGAGCGAUCAUCCAUAAGAGUUGAAGAAAUCAUACCUGCUGCACGUGUCGCUAUUCAGACCAUGGAAGUGGGUGACUUCACUUCCACAGUGGCCUGUUUUAUGCGUCUGACCUGGGCGGCUGCAGCAGGUCGAUUAGAUCUGGUUGGUAGCCCACAGCCAAUCAGAGAGACCCAUGGCUCUCUUCUGCCCCAGGGAGUGCGCACCAGAGUCAGCAGCACUGGGAGUAACUGCAGCUCCAGUAGCGAGGGCGAGACCACACCAACAGCAUUGCAUGCAGGGAUAUGUGUCAGACAGCAGAGUGUCUCCAUCAAAGAUGCCAUCAUCGCCCGCGAGGCUUUGUCUCUGCUGGUUACCUGUUUGCAGUUACGCUGUCAGCAGCUGUCUUCUUUUUACAACCUGCCCUCUGUCAAUGAUUUUAUUAUUGAUAUUCUGCUCGGAUCUCCCAGCGGAGAGAUCCGCCGUGUGGCUUGUGAUCAACUGUACACUUUGAGCCAAACUGACACAUCAGCCUUCCCUGAAGUCCAAAAACCUAACUUGUUCCUCCUUUCAGUUAUCCUGACUGCUCAGCUCCCGUUAUGGAGCCCCACAUCUGUCAUGAGAGGGGUCAACCAAAGAUUGCUGUCCCAGUGCACUGAAUACUUUGAUCUAAGAUGCCAGCUUUUGGACGACUUAACUACGUCAGAGAUGGAGGUGUUAAAAGUGAGCGCAGCCACCAUGCUGGAGGACGAGAUCUCUUGGCUUGACAAUUUUGAGCCUAGCUGGAGCUCUGAGAUGGAGACCAGCGAGGCAGAUAACAUCCUCCUAGCAGGGCACCUCAGACUUAUCAAGACCUUGUUGUCUCUCUGUGGCAAUGAAAAAGAACAUCUUGGUCCAUCUCUCAUCCAGCAGUUGCUCGAUGACUUCCUGUUUCGAGCCUCACGCAUCAUUAUCAACAGCUCCAACCCUACAACUUCCCCGGCCCCCAGCCAUGAUUUCCACCCAAAGUGCAGCACAGCCAGCAGCAGAUUGGCAGCCUAUGAGGUGCUGGUAAUGCUGGCAGACAGCUCUCUUUCAAACCUACAGCUCAUCACCAAAGAGCUGCUCUCCAUGCACCACCAGUCAGAUCCUUCGCUCUGCAAGGAGUUUGAUUAUCUACCCCCUGUAGAGAGCCGGUCAGUCUCAGGUUUUGUUGGGUUGAAGAACGGUGGAGCCACCUGUUAUAUGAAUGCUGUGUUCCAGCAGCUUUACAUGCAGCCCGGCCUCCCAGAGGCUUUCCUGUCCAUUGAAGAUGACACAGACCAGCCUGAAGAGAGUGUUUUCUAUCAAGUCCAGUCUUUAUUUGGCCAUCUGAUGGAGAGCAAACUCCAGUAUUAUGUACCUGAGAACUUCUGGAAGAUCUUCAAGAUGUGGAACAAAGAGCUAUAUGUAAGAGAACAGCAGGAUGCCUAUGAGUUUUUCACUAGCCUGGUGGAUCAGCUUGACGAACAUCUCAAGAAAAUGGGUCGAGAGCAGAUCUUCAAAAACACGUUUCAGGGAAUUUUCUCUGACCAGAAGAUCUGUAAAGACUGUCCUCACCGAUAUGAGCGUGAGGAAACAUUCAUGGCACUGAACCUUGGAGUGACCUCUUGUCAGAGUUUAGAGAUCUCAUUAGACCAGUUUGUCCGAGGAGAGGUGCUAGAGGGCAGCAAUGCCUACUACUGUGAGAAAUGCAAAGAGAAGAGGACCACUGUGAAGAGGACAUGUAUCAAAUCCCUGCCUAGUGUUCUCUGUAUUCACCUUAUGCGCUUUGGCUUCGACUGGGAAAGCGGACGGUCUAUCAAAUAUGAUGAGCAGAUUAGGUUCCCCUGGGUGCUGAACAUGGAGCCCUACACUGUAUCUGGAAUGGCUCGUCAAGACUGCAGCGGAGAGGGAGGCGAGGGGAGAGGCGACGGGACCUCAGGAGGGUCACCCAGGAAAAAAGUCACAAUUUCUGAGAACUAUGAGCUUGUGGGAGUUGUUGUCCACAGUGGUCAGGCGCAUGCUGGCCACUACUACUCUUUUAUUAAAGAUAGACGCGGUGGUGCACGUGGUCGGUGGUACAAGUUCAAUGACAACGUGGUGGAAGAGUUCGAUAUGAAUGACGAAACUUUGGAGUAUGAGUGCUUCGGUGGGGAGUAUCGUCCCAAGGUCUAUGACCAGUCCAACCCUUACCCUGACGUGCGGAGGAGAUACUGGAAUGCCUACAUGCUGUUUUAUCAGAAGAUCAGCGACCAGAAUUCGCCUGUUCUGCCCAAAAAGAGCAGAGUCAGCAUCAUGAGACAGGAAGCUGAGGACCUUUCACUGUCUGCUCCAUCUUCUCCUGAUGUUUCCCCACAGUCCUCUCCACGCCCCCCAAGAGCCAACAAUGACCGUCUCACUCUCCUCACCCGUCUGGUCCGCAAGGGAGAGAAGAAGGGCCUGUUUGUAGAGAAAAUGCCCGUCAGCAUCUAUCAGAUUGUGAGAGAUGAGAAUCUGAAGUUCAUGAGAAACAGAGAUGUCUACAACAGCGACUACUUCAACUUCACCCUUUCCCUGGCUUCAGUCAAUGCAACAAAACUGAAGCAUCCAGGCUACCAGCCAAUGGCCAAAGAGAGUCUUCAGCUGGCUGUUCACUUUCUGUUCCACACCUACUUGCACACCAAAAAGAAACUCAGGGUGGACACAGAGGAGUGGAUGGCGACAGUGGAGGUAUUGCUGUCUAAGAGCAGUGAGGCAUGCCAGUGGAUGGUGCAGUACCUGGUGGGACCAGAGGGACGUGAAAUCGUCAAGGUUUGUCUGUUGGAGUGCAGUGUAAGAGAGGUGAGGGUGGUGGUUGCAUCCAUCCUCGAAAAGACUCUGGAGAGUGCUCUUCAGUUUGGAGACCCAGGACUGGACAGUUUAACAGAUGCUCUGCUCUCCUUACUGGACAAAGAUGUUCCUGAGAAUGUGAAGAACUGUGCGCAGUAUUUCAACCUCUUCAGUAACUUCGCUCAGAGGGGUUGCGGUCCUUGUCAGUUGUUGUUGAAACACUCAGCGUAUCGCCGGAUGCUCAUCUUUCUGUUGGGUCCCAAUAGGCAGAACAACCAGAACCGAAGGUGGAGUCCAGCUCAGGCUCGGGAGUUUCUUCACCUGCACAGCACUCUGGCCCUGAUCACUCUGCACUCUGACCUCAGCCCCCAGCGCACACAGGCUCCCGGAGGGCUUAAGCUGCGCCUGAGUAGUGUCCUGUCCUCCACCCCUCUUCUCCCUCUCCAUGCAGACAUCCUAGCCUCACUCUUUACUCCAGAAGGACAGCCUUACCUUCUAGAGGUGAUGUUUGCAAUGCGCGAGUUAUCAGGCCCACUGUCUCUCCUGAUAGAGAUGGUGACCUACAGCUCGUUCUGUAAUGAGCCGUUCUCUCUGGGAGUUCUGCAGUUACUCAAAACACAGCUGGAGACAGCUCCACCUCAUGAACUGAAGAACAUUUUUCUGAUGCUGCAGGAGCUUCUAGUAGUGGAAGACCCUCUGCAAUCCCAGAGACUGAAGUAUGCUUUUGAGUCAGAGAAAGGCCUAUUAGCUUUGAUGCAGCAGAGCAACAAUGUGGACAGCAGGCGCUGCUACCAGUGUGUUAAGUUCCUGGUCACAUUAGCUCAAAAGUGUCCUCAAGCUAAGGACUACUUCAAGGACUUGUCUGGUACCUGGAGUUGGGCGGUGCAGUGGCUUCAGAAAAAGAUGACAGAACAUUACUGGACUCCACAGAGCAACGUCUCAAAUGAGACAUCCACCAAUAAAACCUUCCAGCGCACAAUUUCUGCACAGGAUACCUUGGCCUAUGCUACAGCAUUGUUAAAUGAGAAAGAGCAGUCUGGUAGCAGUAAUGGUUCUGACGGCAGCCCGGCGAAUGAAAACGCUGACCGCAGUCUCCGACAGGGGUCAGAGUCUCCCAUGAUGCUCGGCGAUUCUAAGAGUGAUCUAGAAGAUGUGGACCCCUAGGUCGUCCUACCAGUGGGAUCCCUCCAAAGGAGAGGCAGCUCCGGGAAGCCAUUCGAAAAGGCUGCACUUUGCCUCUGAUUGGUCAGGACAUUUAGGACUACACAGCAAGCCAAUCAGAACAUUUGUCUCGGUCGCUAAGGCAACGAAGGAGCUAUGAAUAAAUCAUGAAUUACUUCCUUUCACAUGAGCCAAGGCGAUGAUGGAGAUGCAUUAUCAUAAAGGGCAGCAGAGUUGAUUAGGGUGGGAAGUGCAAAUAACCUUCCACAAUCAUGGAUGACUUCAGUUUAUCCUUUUAUUCAUUCAUUCACUCAGAAUGACAGCAAGGUGGAGGAUGGGUUUGGGUUGUGUUUUAACAAUUUUCUGCUCAUGUUUGCCAAUUUAUCUACAUAUUCAUAUUGUAAAGAUUUUGUUCCAUAGAUGUUAUUUCCAGUGUAAGAUAAUAUUUUAAAGUGUCCUGUGCUCUUCUCUCACAGUCAUGCAAAUUGCGAGAGGUCACAUUUAGCUGCUCUAGAGGAACUUACAGACACACGUGUGUGUACUUGUACAGGAACACCUCCACAUAUGAGCACUUGGGAGGGAGGGUGGGUUUAAGUAUGCACUUUAUAGUCCAACCCAUUCUGUUGUGAUGUACAGCAGCACCGGUCAGUUCCUCUAGAGCCUCGUCUUCUUUUGCUUUUAACAACUUAUAUUUGCAGUGCCACUUAUGCAACACAUGAGAGCCCUGAUGACAAGCCAGUCUGCCUGUGACUUGAUCUUUGACCCUCGGCCACCACAGUGUAGCCAUCGGGAUGCAGUAGGGGGCUGGUCCUGUCGUAAGACGGUUCCAGGCCCUCAGCAUAUCUGAAACAAGCAGUGCCAUGGUCAGUACUCUCCCUCCACUCCUCCUCCUUGCUGACAAGCGGCCUCGUGUUCUGGAUUUUAUUCUUUUUGUCGCUGUGUUUUAUUUUCAAUGCCACUUUUCUUUGAAUCUGGAUGAAUUGAAUUACUGCAGAGGAUUAGGGACUCGAGCCUUAUGCAGGAAAAAGCUGAUCUGGAAGAGCACAGAUCAGUUGUGGUGGGCCAUCAGUGCUGCCUGAAGGGGAGCUCAGGAGCACGUUUUUAUUUUUAGGUGCCAAGGUUACACACACACACAUGCACACAAAAACUAGAACUUCUGAAAAACAUGCAGGCGUGUGUCACUCAUUCACUUCGCUCACAAAGACAGAGAACAGGUCCUCUUCACCUCACUGUUACCUCUGCUUUAUCAGGUUUCUGUUUUUUCCGAUGGAGUUUACAUUUUGCUUUGCCUUUUGCUUUUGUCAACCUUUGGAAACACACACAGAGGAGCUAAACCCAAAUGUAGCUCUAGUUUUUACUGGAGAGCAACACCCAUGUUACCAUCAUCCCUGCCCCCAUCAUCGGGAGACUUGAAGUGCCUUAACCUCCCGAUCUCCCUCCCGUCUCCCCUCGGACACUGUCUCGUCACAUCUCCGAUGAGGUACGUCCUCAUCUGCUCCACCUGUGACGCUAAACCAAGUGUCUCCUGUGGUCAUGUAGAAUUGCUGUAGGAGGGCAACAGGGCUUCUUCCUUUGCAUUAUUCUUGAAACUACUACAGGGAAUUUCCUCUGUGUGUUGUGACAAAGGACUGUAGGAAUGUAACUGUUGACUCUGUGUGUGAAUGGGGAGGUGGGCGUGGAAGUUUUACCCAGUAACACAGGGUUUAGGCAACACGACAGGGUUCUGAUGAUGGUAAAAUGCUGCUUCUCUUCACUCUGCACUCAGACAGAGACACUUUGUAGAUAAUUCAUGCUAGGUAGUUUUAAUGAAGUCACGCUUUCACUAACAUGUUUUAAGACAUGAGCCUAAACUUGCUUAGCAGAUUAGCUCUCAGCUUUAACAGGUCAAUGUUUACAAUGUAAGGACCUAGGAAGCUACCAUGCAAAAUGAUUUUCUGUUCGAAUCAACGUGCGAUCAAUCCGCUGGCUCCUCUGCAUCUGAGGAGAGGAAAGACACCGCUUUAGCCCUUCCAUGCUCCUCCACCCCAUUUUCCUCUCAUUAGAUGUGAAUGUCACAUCGUGCUCUCCAGCACGUUUGCAUGUGUGGCAGUAAGUGAUGGUGAGGUUUGUCUUUUCUGCGUGAUGGGAAAAAAAACAAAAUCAGCCCCCACCCCCUCCCCAUGUUGUUUGCUGUGUAAUUUGGUAUCAUUAGUGUCACAAACACACGCCCCUUCACAGUGGCCGGUUAUGUGCGAUCUGAAGGAGCUGCAUGCAGUCUGUGCCAAGUGAUUACAUGGCCAUGGCAACAUGAGUUGCAUUCAGCCAAGAGUUUUGUUGGUUUGGCCCUCUGCUACAUCACCACAAAUACUUAAAAAUAGAAAAAAAGAAAAAAAACAACAACUUCAAAACAAUCUUGUUUUAAUCCUGGGAUGCAGGGAGGGAUGGGUAGGUGCGAGGUUAGGGAUUGGCAUCUAUACGGGUUUUUACUGUCAUUCAAUUUUGAAACUUCACUUCUGACAUCGCAAGACUCUGUAAUGCAUGUUAAGACUCAGUUUUAAUUUGUACAUCAGAGUUUGAUUAAGGGGAAAUUUGAUAUAAAAUAAACUGGAAUGCACAACC